AUGAAAGGAAUAGUCCUUGCCGGCGGUUUAGGUACACGUUUAUAUCCCUUAACAAAAGUCCUUUCAAAACAUCUUUUACCGGUUUAUAACAAACCAAUGAUUUACUACCCAAUAUCGAUUCUUAUGGCGAUUGGAAUUCGAGACAUAAUGAUUAUAAUCAAAGAAGAAGAUUAUGAAUUAUAUCGAAACUUAUUAAAAGAUGGAAAUCAAUUUGGUUGUUGUUUGAAGUAUCAGAUUCAAAAUCAACCAAAUGGAAUUGCACAAGCAUUUGUUCUCGCCGAAGACUUUUUAGGCAAUGAAAAUGUUGCAUUGAUUCUCGGUGAUAAUUUAUUUUAUCACGAAGAUCUUUUGCAUCAAUUACGAACAUUAACGAAUGUCGAUGGAGCGCAGAUUUUUGCUUAUGAAGUGUCUGAUCCACAUCGUUAUGGAAUUGUUGAACUUAAUGACGAUCAUCGACCGGUUUCAAUCGAAGAAAAACCGUCAGAACCGAAAUCGAAUUAUGCCAUUACAGGUUUGUAUUUUUAUGAUAAUGAUGUUGUUCAAAUCGCGAAAAGUCUACGACCUUCACAUCGAGGUGAAUAUGAAAUCACUGAUGUCAAUCGGGUUUAUUUGGAGAAGAAUAAACUUCGCGUUCAUUUGUUAAAUAAAGACACAGUUUGGUUUGAUAUGGGAACAUUUCAAUCGUUGAAUGAUGCGUCGAAUUGCAUUCGUUCAAUUGAAAAUCAAAGACAUAUCUCAAUCGGCUCGAUUGAAUUAGUUGCUUUUAUGAUGAAAUAUAUCGAUAGGGAACAAUUUAAUAGAUUAUGUGAAUCUUUGACUAACGGUGAAUAUGGUUCAGAACUGAGACGAGUUCUGAAUAAAUAA